GAACGGAGCGCUGGGGUGAGCGGAGCUGUGCGGUGCGCGUCCCGGUACAAAGAUGUGACACAAAAAUCCCUUUAUCACCGCAGACGAAGCUUGUAGAAGCUGCAUUGUGUCCGGAUCGUUUAUUUGAACGAGGCGUGACUCAUGAGCGUCUUUGAGUUUUUCGAGAUGGACGGAGGAGACUCGCCCGUUCUGGCCAUGAGGAGCCGAGAUCCAGAGGCGGUGGGUGGAGUCUGUACGAAGAACGAAGACUCCUCCCUGUGUGGAAGCCACGCCUCUCAAGGGGAGGGGCCUGACGAUAAGUGUCUGGAGGACGUGCUGUCUGAGCUACGAGCGGAGGCGGGACUUAAUCUGAAUGUGAGGGCGGAGCAUGCAGACAUUUUAGACGUGCAGGGGGAGGAGCCUAGCUGGGACACGAGCCGACAGGACGAGAACACUAGUCACAGUACAGACAGUCUUGAAAGACACGCCCCCUCUACAGAUGUGAGUAAUGCCCCGUCUCUGUCCGCGCAGCUCCAGCGGGGCCGUGAGGAGGCGGGGCUUAACGUUGAGUGUCGGAUAUGUGGAGACAAAGCAUCAGGAUUUCACUACGGGGUUCAUGCCUGUGAGGGCUGUAAGGGUUUUUUCAGGAGGACCAUCCGUCUGAAGCUGGAAUACGAGAAAUGCGAACGCAGCUGUAAGAUCCAAAAGAAGAGUCGGAAUAAGUGUCAGUUCUGUCGUUUUCAGAAAUGCCUGAUGCUCGGAAUGUCGCACGACGCGAUCCGGUAUGGACGGAUGCCCGAGGCAGAGAAGCGCAAGCUGGUUGCAGGUUUGUCAGCCGGAGAGAAGAGCUGUCAGAACUCGGCAGGUUCGGAUCUCAAAUCUCUGGCCAAACGGGUCAACAACGCCUACCUGAAGAACCUCAACAUGACCAAAAAGAAAGCCCGAAACAUCCUGACGGGAAAAACCGAAAGCAGCCCGCCGUUCGUCAUUCACGACAUGGACUCGCUGUGGCAGGCGGAGAACGGGCUGGUCUGGAAUCAGGUGAUCAACGGAGCUCCACCCAAUAUGGAGAUCGGUGUUCACGUCUUCUACCGCUGUCAGUGCACUACGGUGGAGACCGUCCGAGAACUCACAGAGUUCUCCAAAAGCAUCCCGGGAUUUGUCAACCUCUACCUGAACGAUCAGGUGACGCUGUUGAAGUACGGAGUCCAUGAGGCCAUCUUUGCCAUGUUGCCCUCACUCAUGAAUAAAGACGGUCUGCUGGUGGCGAACGGGCAGGGAUUUGUCACCAGAGAGUUUCUCCGGAGUCUCCGCAAGCCCUUCAGCGAGAUCAUGGAGCCAAAGUUUGAGUUUGCCGUGAAGUUUAACGCUCUCGAGCUGGACGACAGCGAUCUCGCUCUGUUCGUAGCUGCUAUUAUCCUGUGUGGAGAUCGUCCUGGUCUGAUGAAUGUUUCUCAGGUGGAGGAGAUACAAGACAACAUCCUGCAAGCUCUGAAUCUUCACCUGCAGAUGAAUCAUCCGGACGUGAGCUUCAUCUUCCCCAGACUGCUGCAGAAACUGGCAGACCUGCGACAGAUGGUCACGGAGAAUGCUCAGCUGGUGCAGAAGAUCAAGAAAACAGAAUCUGAGACGUCUCUUCAUCCUCUGCUGCAGGAGAUCUACAGGGACAUGUACUGAGAUGAGAUGUGACGGAUGAUCACUGUGAACUCUGGUGAAUAUUUUUAUAAAACACGUGGAUUUCAACUACAGGACCAGAUGAUUUGUUACUGACUGCUCGAAGCUGAACUCUAAAGUGGACCUGCAGUGACAUCAUGACGUUGUGCAGGUUAAACACACAAAGAAAUGCAAUAAGACAAUGAAGAGUAAGAAUGUUACUUUCAGGCAGCUCCUUCUACAAGACCAGCCUGUCACCCCUCUUUCUCAUUUCUGUCUCAUAUCUGUCUCGCACCUAUUUCAAAUCAGCCUCCCGUAGAUUUCAUACCUACAUCACACCUCAUAUUCUUCCCUCAGCUAUCUAAUUUGUGUUGUCUUAAACCGUUUCAUGAAUGUAUUUAAACUGUCUCGCAACUGUAUUAAACCUGUCCCAUUUCCACGUCAAGAUUAUCUCAAACUUGUCUCAAAACUAACUUUCUCGAGCUCAUCUCAAAAUCACCUCAUUACUUUCUCAUACCUCUCAGUCCCAUGAACUGUUUUUAACCUGUCUCUUAAUUGUCAUUAACAGUCUCCAGCGUAUCUCACAACUGCCUCACAUAACUGUCUCAGAGUUAGCUCAAAUAUGGCAAAAUAAGGAUCUUAAACAUGUCUCACAACUGCCUCAUGACUGUCUCACAGUUGGCUCAGUCUUGUCUCAUAUCUUUCUCACAACUGCAUCAAACUUUUCUCAAAAGUAUCUCAUUACAGACUCAUAGCUGUAAGCAUCAAGAUGAAAUGUAAUUUUUUUACAUUUUUUUUUUACAUUUUUAUAAAAGUGUAAUUAAAGUGUAUUGGUGUCAAUGCAACCUCAGCUGUUUUCCGAGCAGUUUACAACAUGAAAGCUAGACGAGCGUGGGCUCAUCAUUCCUGAUGCUCAGUGAUCUGAGUGUGCUGCUGUUUCACUGUUUGCUUUGGGUGGGUUUAUAAAUGUUUGUAUAGAGAUCAAAGAUUCUUUAGUGUGACUUUGUUCUGUUGUUAAAAUCAACUGUGAGCUGAUACUCUGCACCAUGAGCCGCUGAUGUCUUCUACACGUCUGUACAGAAUAAAACUCAUGUGGAUUGUG